ACGGGCAGGUGUUCAUUCACGAAAGCAGAGUCUUAAAAUGAGGCUGCUCGCGGUUCUGCUGUUCACAGCCUUCUCAGCAUUCUGCGAGGGAUCAUGGCUUCUUUCCCCAGUUCAGCCGGUCAGAGCAGAAUCGCGUCCAAAGGCCAAGAAACCACAUUAUAAAUACAACAACCUGUACUAUUACAGCCCUGAAACGAUAGCUUCUUCCUUUUACCACGGAUCUCAAGCCGAUUGCCAAUGUCGUCCUGGGCCGCCAGGACCUCCUGGGCCACCAGGAAUUCCUGGUCUGCCAGGUGAGGAAGGAGCGCCAGGGGAAAAGGGGGAUCGUGGUGACCGUGGAGAAAGUGGAAAAAGAGGAAGGCCGGGUUAUACUGGAUUUCCGGGGCCCAUUGGGCCACCUGGACAACCUGGGCCAAAGGGACGCCCUGGAAAAUCUCCAUCGCAUCAACAGAAACAAGGCCCAACCAUUAUUUACUUGCCAGCAAUUCCAGCAGACAAACCGCCAAAAACUGAAAACACAAAGGGCAGCAAUGACAACCCACCAGUAAAACCCGAUAAUAGAAACGUCAUUAAAAAGACAAACAAGCCCCAGGCACCGCAGGCUUUGAGGGCAAAUUCCACUGAAAUUAAGUAUCUUAAAGUUAGUCCGCAUCUGACCCAAAACCACAAAAACCGAACUCGCAAGAGACCAACUACUUUCGCCCAUUCUAAUCGCAGGAAAAUCAACCAGAGCAACAAGAUAACACCAUCGACUAAGAACAGAAAAACAGUGACCAUUUCCCAAAAACAUAAAACAAGCGCUAUACAACGCCGAAGGCAAGCUCCUAAGCGAAAGGUAAUUAAAAAUACAACUUCUGAUUUAAGCAGUUCAGAUCGACAGCCAGCUACCAAAACCGAGGAAACCAAUCUUGACGAGAAAACCAUGUUAACCGAUGCAAAUAUCAGCAUGAAUUUGAACAUCAGCCAUAUUGGAUACCAAAAAACGAAAAACGUAAUCACAAAUGGUGUUAAAAGUGUUCAAAUUGAUGACAAUAUAGCUAUAAACAGAGAGCCCAUACCUGCAGAUGUUCUUGCAUUGAGUUCUUUAGAUAAAGAGCAAUCGUCAAUGAAAGCGGAGAUGGAUCAAAUAAAUUCGAAGAUAUCUAAUACUACAUUGCAAGGUAACUUUCUUGAAGACAUGAUUCAGCCUAAUAGUAUUAAAAUAACAGAGGAAAAGCUAGAUCUUAACAAAUUAACAACGAUUACCGAAGAGACACCAGAAGCGAUUAAUACAUCAAUAGUUCAAAUUGAGACCGGGAAGAGUGAAAACACAGGUGAAGCACAAACUACAGAAAUUCCUAUUGAGGAAUUAGGAUCAGUCUCCGCUGGACUUUCGGUAGAAGCGACCACAUAUAAAAUAUCUAAAGAUGAAAAGUUCAGGUUUUACUACAUUGGAACCAACAUGGAGCACCGAAAGACCAGAAACAACAGUGCCACCUGAGUCUGGAGAACUCACAACAAACAGUAAAGAUGAGGAACUAGGAUCACCAACCACUGAAACUACCAUAACAGAAACGACAGAGGCAUUCCCCUCAGAGAAAGAUAUUUUGGAUAAAGAAGAUCAUAGGUUGCCGUUCACCCCCAAUGAAACUGAGAUCGCAAU